AUGACUCGCCUGCUGAAUAUCUUCGCAACCAUCGCCGGUGUCCUAAGCAUUCAGGCUGACCCUUUCGCUGACGAUCUAGUUGCAAGCUUCAUGGCCCUCCUUGGUACUCCGGAUGUCCACAACUUCAUAGACCAAGUCCUGAUUGACGCUCCUCCACCGGUUAUCGCCGAUAACCGUGAGCUGGGUGAGGUUCCCGUAGGCAGAGAUCUCUCGUUCGACCCGCACCCCAAGCCGCGCCCCACUCUGCCCCCCGUCCCCUUCUGUUCUAACUGCAAAACCAUCCACAGUACGGCCAUCAACGCGUAUUUCAUCCAGCAGAUCACAAAUAUUUGCAAGGGAAAAGGGAAUGCCGACUCCUUAUCCACAGUCGAGUUCUGUGGUUUCCUCCAGAAGGGAUUGUCCACGAUCAGUCAGGUCUUGAAUGGUUACAUCUUCGUGCGCUCCCGUGCUCUUCAACUCGCUACCGCUACAUGCAUCGGCACUAAACAGUGUCCGACCAAGGAUGCCUUCAACCCCUUUUUCAAUCCUAUCGUUCCUGGGCGACUCGUGGACUUCACUCGUUUCGGGUUUUGCCCACGUUGGCCUUUUCACACCGUUGAGGCCUGUUUCGGUGAGAUAACAGAGAAAAUGCUGCAAUUCGCCUUCGGCAACGUGCUGAAUGCAUGUGACAGCCUUAAGGACGAGGAUCUAUUUGAGUUCUGCGGGUAUGUAGCGACUGAUAAGAGCUUUGGUCUUGGCCUGGUCUACGGGUAUGUUGGUGUAUUCGAGCAAGCUACUGGUUAUUGUGUCCGCGACCAAUGCCAUUAGUUUUUAUGAUAUAUCAUGGUCCUCCAAUGAGUUCGCCUGGAGUUUGUGCUUCUGAUCAAUGUUCAGAUCAUGUUGGAACGCAAAAAGUGAGUUCUAUAUGAAGCUGAUUCGAUCAGAAAUUCUCCUUUCGUUACAUCAACUCUACUACGACUUCAUCAAAUCCUGAUUCUCUUUCAUUACAUCCAGUCAAGCGCGACUCGACCACAGCCUUCAAAGCUGAGCCUUGUUCUCGAGCGCUUCUGGUCUGCGAACUAUUCGGUCUACAAGUCAAUGCUGAUUCUAUGGUGCUGUCUCCUAUUUCUAUGAUGCACGCAUGCGCAUCAGCCUGAAUAUUGCCAGUGGAACGCGUGCCCAUCUUCUUGACCUCAUGAUGUUGUACGUGCACUAUUAACUAACCUCGUUAUUUCUCGUCUAUGCUCGAUCUACUCGAGCUCUCUUAUUGCUUCCUAUUGUCAGUACGUACUUCCAUCUUUCCCCUAUGUCUAGUGUUCAACACUAGACAACUGGCAACUCGCCAGUCGGGCGAAGCGGGCACGCACCGUAUCUCCACACCUACACGGAGAUUCACAACAACAUUAGUCUUCUCUUUCC